GGCUCCCCCAUCCCAUCCUCAUUCCCCAGUCGCCGCCCAAGUCAAAAAGACGGGGAAGCUUCUCCCCCCACCACAGUCGAGGCGAGUCCCCAACACAUCAACGACUAGUCGCUGCCGAGCACCAACCCUAGAACAACCCAACCCUACUCACCUCCUCCCAAAUCCUCCGGCGGCGAGGAACAGGCCAUGGAUACCUCCGGCGGCGGCGGCGGCGGCGGCGGGGCCGCGGGCGGCGCGGCGCAGAUCCAGGGCAUGGCGACGCACGGCGGGCGCUACGUGCUCUACAACGUCUACGGCAACCUCUUCGAGGUCGCCUCCAAGUACGCCCCGCCCAUCCGCCCCAUCGGCCGCGGCGCCUACGGCAUUGUCUGCGCGGCUGUUAGCUCCGACACUGGAGAGGAGGUUGCGAUCAAGAAAAUCGGGAACGCCUUCGACAACCACAUCGACGCCAAGCGCACGCUGAGGGAGAUCAAGCUCCUUCGCCACAUGGACCAUGAGAAUAUUCUUGCCAUAAAGGACUUAAUACGUCCCCCAAGAAGAGACGAUUUUAAGGAUGUGUACAUCGUUACCGAGCUGAUGGACACUGAUCUCCAUCAGAUCAUACGCUCAAAUCAGUCAUUGACUGAUGACCAUUGCCAGUACUUCUUGUAUCAGUUGCUACGAGGUCUAAAAUACGUGCACUCAGCAAAUGUUUUGCACCGUGAUCUGAAGCCAAGCAAUUUGUUUCUGAACGCAAAUUGUGACCUCAAGAUCGCGGACUUUGGGCUUGCAAGGACAACUUCAGAGACUGAUCUGAUGACAGAGUAUGUGGUCACACGUUGGUACCGAGCACCAGAGUUGCUGUUGAACUGUUCGCAGUAUACUGCUGCUAUUGAUGUCUGGUCAGUUGGGUGCAUACUUGGUGAAAUUAUUACUCGCCAACCCCUGUUUCCUGGACGGGAUUAUAUCCAACAGUUAAAAUUGAUCACUGAGCUGAUAGGUUCACCAGAUGAUUCGAGCCUUGGAUUUCUUCGGAGUGAUAAUGCUCGAAGAUACAUGAAACAACUGCCACAGUACCCAAGACAAGACUUCCGCUUGCGCUUCCGCAACAUGUCUGAUGGUGCAGUGGAUCUGUUGGAGAGAAUGCUGGUGUUUGAUCCAAGCAGACGGAUUACCGUUGAUGAGGCUCUGCAUCAUCCAUACUUGGCUUCUCUUCAUGACAUCAAUGAAGAACCCACCUGCCCGACAUCUUUCAGCUUUGAUUUUGAACAACCAUCCUUUACAGAAGAACAUAUGAAAGAACUCAUCUGGAGGGAAACCUUAGCAUUUAAUCCUGACCCUCCGUACUAAGAGCUAAGAACAAUUUACCAGCUGAAGGCAUUGAAGAUUUCUAGCUCUAGCGAAGCCAAAACUUCCAUGACUUGUGUAUCUAUUUAUUUUAUGCUCGCUUAUUGGGCGAACGGGCUGGCUUAUUUGUUUCAGUAGCGAUUUUUCUCCGGGCCUGUCUAAAGAAACAUCAUGCGUACUCCUUUUCACAUGGGUUGCUCCUGGGCAUCAUACCCGUUGAUUGAAUAAGUGUUCUUGUGUAUCUAAAGCUUGUAAUUUUGUCGACACGAAAAUCCCAUGUAUAUCUGUUGAUACCUCGUGCUGUAUUUGUCUGAAGCAUAUCAUUUUGAA